AUGGCUCAAUUUCAGCUACUAGGCUGCUUGAAACAAGCACGCGAAUCGACCGUACCGCACACUACUGCCAAAUUAUCGCCCGACGGUCAACAUGUAGCGUUAUGUGAGGAAACAGACAUUGAGAUCUACAAUGUGAAGGGUCAAACGGAAGUUUCUUUAUCUACAUUACACUCACGGCCACUGUCAGAUCUUUGCUGGUCACCCGAUUCACAAUGUAUUGCCACAGCUUCGGAUGAUUUCACGGUGAUAAUCACUCACGUCAAAUAUGGCGAAUUGCAUCGACUUGUAGGACAUACUGCGCCCGUCACAGCCCUGAAAUAUACUUCGAAGGGUAAUCUUCUUUGUUCGUGCUCUAUGGACGAAAGCAUAAAGAUAUGGGAUACACUAACAGGCACCCUCCUGCGGACACUGUCGGCACAUUCAGAACCUGUAGUUUCGAUAGAUAUACCGCUUUUUGACUCGAGCAUUUUAAGCUCUGGUUCUUACGAUGGCCUGAUUCGAAUAUUCGACACAGCUACGGGGCAUUGUCUCAAGACCUUGACCUACGAUAAAGAUUGGCAAAGUGAAAAUGGAGUCGUGCCUAUAUCACAAGUCAAGUUUUCACAAAACGGUAAGUUCCUACUCGUCAAAUCACUGGACGGCAUUUUGAAGAUCUGGGACUUUGUAAGGGGUAAAGUAGUACGCACGUUUGUAUCGGAGCAAUCUAAGUCUCUGCGAUAUUCUUGUGGGAUGGACUUUCUCUAUUCGGCGGAUGAAACCCUUGAUCCUAUUGUUGUGAGCGGGACAGAAAAUGGUGAAAUUGUUUGUUGGGAUUCGCAAACCAAGCGCACUGUCCAGCGGAUUCAAGGUAAACACGCCGACAGCCCUGUCAUGGAUAUCAGUUGUAAUGGUUCUCUAAUGUGCUCUAUCUCCUUAAAUGGGGAGUGCAAUCUUUGGAAGUGGUCCGCGAAUUAG